UCCUCUCUGACCACGUUUCCUCCACACUAAGUACCCUCCCCUCCCAGUGUUGCUCCAGUAACUUCUUGGUGAGCUCUCCUAAAAGACUUACUGUAAACAGGAUUAGAGAGCAUUAAAAAAUCCUCCUCUCUCUCAAGUGCCAUCUGCCUAUCUACCUGAGCCAGGAGCUGUCCUCUCAGCACCAUGGGAAACACCUCUCCCCGGGCACAGAGGAAAGCGCGAGCCCACAGUGUGACUGUGUCAGCAAAUGGCCACGGAUCUAAGCACAAUCACGGAUUUAACAUGAGCAUCCUCUCGUGGAAAUGUGUUUUCUACCCUGCUGUGUUUGGUUUAAUGGUCAUAUUUCUGGACCUAAAGACAGAUGCAAUGAUGGAAGGUUCCUCUAUGGGAUACCUUGAUCUGCCUUAUACUCAGGAGCCUGUGGUGUUUCCACGCAUCACUCACAUAUCUGAGGUGAAGCCAUCGCGUGAGAGCCACGCGGUUAUCUCUCGACAGAAAAGGAACAUCCUUUUUCCAAGUGGAGUCAAACUGUGUGCGCAAGAGACCGCCGAGCAAGUCAUUGCAAACCAUCUGAGCUACUUUCAUCUCAGAGUGUGCCAGGAGACCAUAUGGGAGGCAUUUAAGAUCUUCUGGGACCGCCUCCCAGAGCAAGAAGAGUACCAAAGCUGGAUGAGUCGAUGUCAGGAGGGCAUAGUCUCUGCACGGGAUAUUGGCAGCUACUUUAGUACGUCAGAGGAGCAUCAGACUCUGGCUAAAAAGAGAAUGUCGCUGCCCAGUUUGAAGAGUGAGCCCACCAGGUCCUGGCAACAUAUGUGCAGCACUCCAACACCAGACAUACCAGAAUCCGUUGAAGCUCCUGAGCUAGAAGACACAGCUGAAAACAAGGAGGAGGAUUCCCCUGCCAUUUCACCAGGAGUAGAGGAGAGUCCUCUUUACAAUGAUAUAACCGUACAACCGCCUACUCCUGCUCCGCUGGAGCAGGUUGUGGAGCUAAGCAUCCUCUUGUCAGGAGAAAUGUACAACGAGAGCCUUGCUGAUCCGGCCAGCCUCCAGUACCAAACACUCAGCCGACAGCUCGCUGAAAAGAUAGAAGACGCUCUGGAGGGGCUUCCUGGAUUUAAAAGUGUGUCUGUAACUGACUUCAGGCCGCAAGAUGACGCAGAGGGGUUUGGUGGUUUGGUGGUGGACUAUGCCGUCACAGUGGUGGUGAAUGGAGCAGGAGUGACCGCUGAACAACUGAACUACCUGACCCUACAGUCGAACCAAGUGGAGAACUCCUAUCGGGAGUUCAAGGAGCACCCCACUGUGGUCCUCACCAUCAGUGAGGACAACAAAAUUUUCAUUGAAGACCUAGAUGACAAAAAGCUGGAGAGUGUGUCUGAGAUUCCUCACUCUAUCAACACUGAAGACGGAGCCAUGAUCAGUGCUGUUGAUAAGCCGCCAGAGGUCCUGACGCUGGAAGAGGACAUCAAAAGUGAAUCUUCAGAAACCAACACAGCGGCAACAAUAGAAAAUAAUGUUAUUGUUCUAGAGGAGAGUGAAGUUGCAUCUCCUGCUCUUGAUCUGACCUUCCGUAUACCUGAAGCUGCCGGGAUUGAGAAGGAGGGUUUGUUGCUGGAGGAUACUGUGCAGAUUUUCUCUGUAGAACCUCCUCCACCUGAAGACCUUCCAGCUGAACUGCCAGGAAGCGUCACACUGCCUGAACCCCCAGUAGAAAUUGAAGCCUCUGGUUCAGUCCCAGAUGUUUUGGAGGGGCUAAUUGAACCAUCUACAAUCACUCCAGAAGAGGAGGAAAUGUCCCUUGGGGAAACUGCUUCAGAGGAAGAGGUGAAAACAGAAGAAAUCACCAUAAAUGCAGAUGUUACAUCUGGAGCUGAGGAAGAGACAUUUGGACCUACAGCUGUACCUAUGGAAGAGGAGAAUCCAGAUGAUGUUGUUGAGAUUAUAGAGGAACUUGAAAUCUUUACUGUCAUAACUGAAACCAAGGAAGAAAAGGGUCUACCUGCCCAAAUACCAAUUCCAGAUGCUGUAGAUAUAACUAGUGAAGCAUCACAGCCAGAGCCACCGAAGAUGAGUCUUCUUCCUGUUGGCGAUAACUCCAUUGAGGGGACAUCAGAAGAGUCUAACCCUGCAGAUAUUUCACCUGCUAAUGAGGAGGCUAACACCCUAAGACCAGAAAAUUCAGCCAUUAAUGUGCUGUCGGCCAGCCCCGAGGAACCUGUAUUUGAAGAGAAUGGCUUGGAAGAAUCAGUAGAAAAUCAGGAUCACGAAAGAAAUGAAGAGGCUCUGUCUGAAGCUCCAGUUGUAGUAGAAGAGCCUCCAGAAACUCCAGAGAUCUCUAGAGAAGAUCUUACAGAUGAUGAAAUCUUACUGGUUAACAAAGAUGUUCCUGAACCACCAGUGACAGAUUCUCUGGGCCCUGCCCAACCAACUGCUCUGUCUCCAGAGAGGGAGUCACCCUUUACCCGUAUCUCUUAUGUAAACCCUGAUUUUGAUGAUGAGCCUGACACAGACAUGCCUUUACUAGUGGAGAUCCAGACUACUGAUGAUGGCUUGGACGAUACCACCACUGGAGACCAUGGUUAUAAUGUGGUUCAGUAUGGUUAUGGUUUGAUUAACCACACAGAGGAGGGCAGCACCGGAUUCCCAAUAGGUGUGGGCCACGGCACAGACCAGGCUAGUAUUGCCAUGCCUGUAAACCCUGGACGAGCACUAAUGGUUUUCUUUAGUCUGAGGGUGACCAACAUGAUCUUCUCAGAGGAUCUCUUUAACAAGAGUUCCCCAGAGUACAAAGCUCUGGAGCAACGCUUCCUCGAGCUGCUUGUGCCCUACCUACAAUCCAACCUCAGUCACUUUGAGAACCUGGAGAUCUUGAACUUCCGAAAUGGGAGCAUUGUAGUCAACAGCCGGAUGAAAUUCGGGAAGCCUGUGGCUCGUGGCGUCACAACAACUGUCUACUUAAUCUUGGAGGACUUUUGUAACACAGCCUACCAGACCAUGAACCUGGCCAUUGACAAGUAUUCACUGGAUGUUGAAUCAGGUGACCAGGCCGAUCCCUGUAAGUUCCAGGCGUGUAACGAGUACGCUGAGUGUAAAGUGAACAAGUGGUCUGGGGAGGCAGAGUGCGUCUGCAAUGCUGGGUAUUUCAGCGUGGAUGGCUUGCCCUGUCAGAGCAUCUGUGAGCUGCAGACUGACUUUUGUCUCAAUGACGGCAAAUGCGACGUCAUCCCUGGCCAGGGAGCCAUCUGCAGGUGUCGCGUCGGGGAGAACUGGUGGUACAGAGGAGAACAUUGCGAGGAGUACGUGUCCGAGCCGCUGGUUGUUGGCAUAGCGAUUGCCUCUGUAGCUGGCUUCCUCUUGGUGGCCUCUGGAGUCAUCUUCUUCCUGGCCAGGACUUUACGGGAUCAGUAUGACAAGGAUGAGUCAGAGGACCCCAUACGGCGAGCAGAGAGUCUCCCAUCUUUAGAGAGGGCGACCAAGUACAACCCCAUGUAUGAGAGUGAAGCGACCACAGGCUACAGUCACUACUACCGCCGCUACCCUGAAGCUCCCGUGUACAGCAGUGCCAGCGCUGAGGCCUCCACUGACUUCAGCAGCGAGGAGAUACGACACAUCUAUGAGAAUAGCGAACUGACUAGGGAGGAAAUCCAAGACAGGAUACGCAUCAUUGAGCUCUACGCUAAGGACCGGCAGUUUGCAGACUUCGUACGGCAGCACCAAGCUGUCCUUGAUACCCAGAGAGAGAGCUCCUCUACACAGAUAUGAAGCCGUCCUGUGAACAGUGAGAAACGCACCUGUGUUUCUCAACGUCAAGCUCCCCGUCAAGACUGUCAUCUUUUCUUUGCCACAAUUCUCAGAGCCUGGAUUGCACUGUUUAAACUGGACUGUCUCACAGCAUACGUCUCUCCACAAAAAGUCUGCGUCCGUCUCUGCCUGUGCGAGGGCAGAGGUGCUGAUGCUUCUUCCUCCGCCCUCAGUGCCUUCUCUUGACUGGGUGAGCUUGUUGUGACAUCAGGGGAUGCGUCUGCUGCUUAUUCAUCGGACAUUUCCCUGCAAGGAAAAGUAGACCGCAUCCUGUUACUUGAAAUUUUGACAGAUGAACUGCACCAAGUAGUAUUUUUAUUUAGUAUGGGCUCUUUUCAUCAUGCCUACCUGUCCAUUCUUAAAAGGGAAGAACAUAAAUACAUGUGAAUAUGUAUGUAUUGUAUGUAUAUAGCUAAACUGAUGUCUGGUAGGGAAGAUGUUUCUCUUUACAGUAGGAAUUCUCAGAGAGAUACUGAGAAAGCAACUUUUUUAGUAAAUGGUGCUAUUUUAAUAUUAAAUGCUCUUUGAAAUGUAGGUCUGCAAUGAUUCGCUUUUACAAUUUAAAAGCAACACCAAUAAACCAAUUAUGUAUAUUUGGAUAUUAUCCUACAUUAAAAGGAUAGUUCAGCAUUUUCAGAUGUACGCUUCUCAGUUUCUGACAGAGUCUGUCAGGCUGGCUUUAACAUAUAAACUCAAGACGAGCGUGUUUUUAUGUAGAUUUUUUUUUAGUUUUAUUUGGGAAAUUUACUUGUCAAAGUGAAACCAGAAAGCAGUGGAAUUCUGAUCAGUCAUUCCUGAAAAAAAGCUAAAAGGCCACAACUACAACUAUGUGUAAAGAUAACAGUAUUAAUCUUUGAAUUCAUUUGUCUUCAGUCCAAUUGCGACAGGUGAAAUAGCUGAAAAAUAGCCACACAGUCUGCCUUCACAAGCAUUUGUGAAAGAAUGGGUCUUUGUAAUGAGUUCUCUGAUUUUGAGGAUAUGAUGCCACCGUACAACAAAUCACUUCAUAAAAUUUCUUCCUACUACAAUCAACUGAAAUUGGUGUAACAAAAACUCCAAACCUCCUCUGUUGUUAACAUCAGCACCGUAACUGUGCGCCAAGAGCUUCGUGUCUUAGGUCUCAUUGGCUGAGCAGGUCGUCCAGAUGUAAUGUGUAGGUGGGCAAGUACUUUUCUACAUAUAGUGUUAUAUAAAUAUUGAAGAUUUGUUACAUCUUUAUAGCUGUCUGUACAAAAAUAUGCUUCACUAUGUGCGUCAAAGAACAAAAACAUAAAAAGAGGGUUUUCACCACUUGAAAAACUUUAUAUGUGGAUUUGCCUUUAGCGGUGCUCCAGACAGAGCCAGGCAAUAAAGUUUCUGCUUAUAUUCAGUUUUUGUACGUUUGGAUGUGCAGAUAUCGACGAGGUAUUCAUCUUCCUUUAAACGUACUCCAGGAACAAUGUAUGUGACAAAAUCAAACUAUUCCUUUAAGGUGGCCAAAAGCAGCGAACUUGUUAAGUGUUAGACUGUUUCUGUUUCUCUUCAUAAAUGACAAACUUUGGUGUUUGUUUAUAGUGUAUGACAAAGCAGACAAGAGUGAAAAAAACGCUGGUGAGGGAAGAAAGGCAGGGAGCAUGAACCUUCUACAGCUCAGAAAUAAGUGAAAACAUGUUUCAGUGGAAAAAUGCUCCAAGGCAAGCGGCCCAGGGAUUUGACCAAAUGGUGUGCUUUCAGAUGUAAAAUGCAAUGCAAACUGGAAGAACAGGAAAAACUAGGAUGAGCGAACUGAUAAACAACAUAUGCUCUUUGGAAAGAUGACCUCAAGCUGUGUCUUCUGCUGAGAGAAGCUGCACGGUUACCAGCGAUUUUUAAAAAAAGUGAUCUGUCCUUUGUCUGCUUAUCUGGCCACGAUACUCCUCUUUAAUCUGAAACCUUCUGACAGACUAAACCCAGUGCUUUCUUUGGCAUUCCCAUCCAUUCCUCCCUGGAUUUGUUGGACUUGACCCUUUUGGUCCUUUUAGAGGACCCUAAUAGCUACAACCCAGUUAGUUUUUAUCGUCAUCCAGUUUAUCCGCUGAUUCUGUUAUAGGAGGCCACAAUAAUAUAAUGUUGGAUAUAAAUAAUGUCCUAGCUUCUUGUUUACAUAACACAUAUCCCGUCCUUUGGUCUUCUGUUAGAGCUCUACACAAGUGAAAAAAACAACACUGGUGGAACGGACUCUUAUGAUAUUGUCAUGCCUUUUGCAACUUAUUUUCAAUUUGUAUAUGUAUGCUUUUUUUUUGUCUGCAUACAGUUUUUACCACCACCAUUUAUAACAUCCGCUACCUGGACAAACAAGCCAAUCAUCACAUACAGUGUCCUGCCAUUAAAAUAGCAGUUGUCCUGUAGGAUGUAAAUUGUGUGUGUUUGCAGUGUUUCAACAUUUUCUUUUUAUACUGAUGACACCAUGUUAACAGUGUUAUCAUGCUGUGCAGCUGUGUAAAGGACUAAUAAGGUGUAACAAGUACAAAAAUAAAAUAUUUUAUUAUAAAAUGAAGAAUCCACUCCUGUGUGAAGAAUCACGAAGCACAUUUACGUUAAAAUUUUAAUUUCCAUUUACCACCAUGGUACUGGACAUU